CAGCGAGCAUUGAUUGGCAACUAACUCCUUUAGCAACCACAUCCGUCCUCGACUCUCGGGGGGUCGCGCAUGAUUGACCUGUCGUUGACGCGGAAUCAUCGUGGAAAGUACACUGGCGCUUGCUAGCCUAUCGCUUGUCCUCAUAUCCUGUACCGUUACGCCGCGCCACUCAGCUCAGAAAACUAGCACCCCACUUUCAGAUCAAACGCUUGCCCUUGUCCCCAUCCACGAACACCCCGCCACCUUCAACCUCGUCAAGCCGCUAUCGGCGUUGAGCUUGUGCGACUUCUCAGUGACUGUUACUGCUCAUUACAUCUCCAGUCGCAGCAAAAAAAAUGGACGCUACGGAACAGCAGCAGCGCCUCCGCGUAUUCAAUGCCGAUCAAGUAUCCAAGCACGAUCGACUGGAGGAUGUGUGGGUAGUGCACAAAGGCAAGGUGUACGACGUCACCGACUUUGUGUUGGACCACCCUGGUGGCGACGACCUGGUCAUGCGCUACGCCGGAAAGGACAUGGGUGACAUAAUGGACGAUAUCGUCGAGCACGUGCACUCGGACAGCGCAUAUGAGCUGCUCGAGGAGCACCUCAUCGGCAAGAUCGCCACGACGGAUGAGGAGAAGGCCAUGGCCGCUUCAGCCGCCGAGGGCGGUGCCGCUUUUAGCGGAAAACCCCAGGAGAUUGUCAUCACCGAAGACUUCAAGCCGACCGACACGGACCUUUCGAGCGACUUUAAGAAAACCCAGUUCCUCGACCUUAGCCGGCCGCUGAUCAUGCAGGUAUGGAACGCCAAGUUCUCCAAGGAAUUUUACCUCGAGCAGGUCCACUCGCCACGCCACCUCAAGGAACCCGCGCGCCUCUUGGGGCCGUGGUAUCUCGAGAUCUUCACGCGCACGUCGUGGUAUGUGCCAGCGAUGGUUUGGUUGCCGAUCUCCGCGGCGCUCUUCUCGCGCUCGCUCCAGCAGUUCUCCCACCUCACCGUCCCCGCCAACGGCUUCGACUUCCGGGCUGUUGCAGAGGCAGCGCAUCGCAAUGCCGACAAGAUCACCAUACAGGCCACGUCCCAGACACUCAGCUGCUUCAUACUAGGCAUCUUCAUCUGGACCCUCCUCGAAUACAGCUUGCAUAGGUUCUUGUUCCACAUCGAUGACCUCCUCCCGGACAGGCCGUUCUUCCUCAUGCUCCACUUCCUACUCCAUGGUAUUCACCACUACCUUCCCAUGGACCGUCUCCGCCUCGUCAUGCCGCCGCUCCUCUUCUUUGUCCUACAAGUGCCGUUCACCAAGCUAGGGCACAUCAUAUUCCCCGCAAGCAUAGCCAACGGCAUCAUCUCUGGUGCGUUUGCCAUGUACGUCGUCUAUGACACCAUGCACUACGCCCUGCAUCACACUAAGCUGCCAGCGCAUCUGCGCAAGAUGAAGAAGUACCAUCUCGAGCAUCACUACAAGAACUACGAACUCGGCUUUGGCGUUACGAGCAGAAUGUGGGAUUACGUCUUCCGGACAGAGCUGUAACGCAUUGGCAUCUACAGACUCCUUCGCCAUGCCAUGCCAUGCAUCGCUGCAUCCAAUGCAUAUAGAUGGUUGACUUUGUGCUCUCACACCCGGCGUCAUCCGUUUCUCAUUUCUAUUCGCGUUUCGGGCUAUGUUCAUUGUGUUCAAUGUAAUGAAUGGAUUUUAAGG